CGUAAAUCGCAUGGCGAACAGUGGAGUCUAUCCGGCGCGAAAUUUCGAGCAGUAGGCAGUAAACCGACGCUUUUUAUCGCGAAAUUUCGCCGAACUUUCGUUUCGAAGCGAAAAUUCGACGAAACAGCGCUCUUUGUUCAACGGACAAUUUGCGCAAAAAGCCUCGAAUUGUCAUUCGCACGAAAUUUCGAAGAAAGUUCGCGAGAACAAAAAACGAAAUUCGGCAUUUCGCUUGCGUUACUUUUGCACAAUACUGUAGAUAACAAUUCUAUGUGCUCAGUCUGCCAUAAUUUUCUCACAAUUUAAACUUUAAAAUCUUUGCGACCUUUCUUCUUAAGAGUGUUUUCAUAUUUGAAGGAGAAAUUCCUUUUUGGUUCUUUUGUGGGAGUGAUAUGGUGUCUUAAUGAAGUAAAACGAGCAGGUAAAGUCAGCAAAGAUUAGUUUACUUCUAGACAAUAAAAAUUGUUCGAUUUCUUGUUCCAACAGUACUAUCAUCGUUCUGCUGGAGGUUCUGGUAUUCCUGAACUGAUUAGUUUCCUAAAUGGCGCAGUAGUGCAACACAUCUUUAACCUCAGGACUAUGGUAGUCCAGUUUUUCUCCUGUGUUCGUGGAAUUGACGCAGGACUUUCUAUCAGCCCUAAAGGUCCAAUGAUCCAUCUUGGGUAUAUUUUUCAUUGGAUGUUUGCUUAUGUCUAAUCAGAAUAAGCAGGAUCUGAAAUUGUCAACAAAAGUCUUGGGACACUCAAAAGUAAUAUUGUAAGUUAUUUUCUUUCUUGCAGCAGUCAACUCAAAAGAUUGAUUUUUCAAUGUCCACUUAGCAGUAUUAAAUUAUCUAUUAGUUAAUUGUAUAGGGUUCUAAAAGUCAUAAAGUGAAUGUUUUGCCUUUUAAAACUGACAGAACCCUCUUUUGAAAAAAUCAGCUCAUCCAGAUUUACCAAAAGGAAGAGCAAGAGGAAGAAGAAGUUGAUGAAGAUGAAACAGGGGAUUCUACAAAGCCAGGACUGUUUUACAGCCCACCAAAGUCUAAUUAUCAACCUCCAGGAGGAGGUGCUAAUACCAGUGGCAAUGACUCCUCAACAACUGAUCUGAUUAUUCCUGAAGAAAGUAGUGAUACAUGUAUUCAAAAGCAAUCAGAGGGAAAGUACAGCAGUAGAAAUGGUAGACACAGAGCAAGACAUAAACAUUGAUGACAUGAACGAUAGUGGAAACAUGGAAGUUUGUCUAGUAUGUUUGUUUGUUUGUUUGUUUGUUUUUUCACAUGGUUGUGUUUGAGUCUGUUCAGAAACUGUGCCUUCUGGUAAAUUAUGUCAUUUGAUUCAUGAUUAUGGAAAGGGUUUCAUUUAAUUUUCUCUCUCUAUAUUUGGUGCAGAUAGAAAAUACACUUGGAUACAAGAGAGACCUUUGUCAUCUUAUGAAACAGAACCCUUUUUGGAUGGAAGAAAUAGUAAGGGAGUUUUUUAUUGAUUUUUGUUGAGACAAAUCAAGUCAGGUGUUACAUAUGGUUUGAUUUUAGUUGUCAAUAAUCUAUAGACUGCACUAGUGUGUCCUUAUUACAUGUAGAUGUAUAAGUUUUUUCUGACUACUAAAGAUUUUUUUUCACAGCUCCUGAUGAAAAUAAAAAUACUGGAGGACUUUUCACAGUAUCAAAUAAAUUUUGGGCAACAGCACUUGCAGAUGUUUUAAUACCCAGAGACCAAGUGUCAGUUGGAGAUCCUUUAUACAGAGGUUAGCUAGAUACAAAGAACUUUGGAUGUUAUUUUAUUUCCUGGCACAUAAACUUGCUUUUCCUCUUUUAAAUUUUGAUUGCUGAGCAACCUGGCUGACAAUUAACCCCUUUGGUCUAAGUGAAGUUAUUAAUGGUAAGCUUUGUGGUUCCCUACUGCAUUCUUUUCUUCAACUAAUUAAAUUUUUCUAAUUAAAUAUUUUAAGUGCAGUACAGAGUCCUGUAGAGUUGUGUUUUGACUCAGUUUUAUCCUUCACAGAUGAAGUAGACAUGGAGACCAUCACUUCUUUUAUGUAGGAAGCAAUGGUCAUAAAAGGCUUCAAGCAUCCAAAUGUUGUGGAACUGGUGGGUGUGAUACUUCAAUGUUCAACGCCACCUUACAUCGUAACUCCCCUAACACGAAAUGGAUAUCUAGGACACUUUUUGAAGAUUUCAAGAGCAACAUCUGCAAGAGUACAGGUGAGAACACAAGAAUAGCAUCAAUAGGGAGUGUGGAGACAGUCUACUGUAAGAAAUGGUUGGGAUUGUUGGCCAGAAAUUGGUGUACCUCUGGUCAUUAGACCUGUUGCGGCAAACGAACAUCAAGACUCGAUGAAAUACCAAGAAAAUCGUGACCGGAGAAAAAUGCCAACCAAAUCCAGGGAUAUAUUACAGGGACAUAACUUUAAUCAAUCUCGUACACUGUAAACGAAUUAAAAAGGGACAUAUAAUAGAUUGUAUUCAAUUAAACACGUGGCGACUUAACAGCGUAAAUGAAUCUAACAUAAUAAAAGAACU